AUGGAAGUGGAGCAAGGCCAGUGUGGUGCACAGGUGUCUCUCACUAACAAUCACAUCACUGGCAUUCCUUCACUCCCACAGUUCUCAGCCUCGCCCCACUCAAAAACCUCCACUCGAUCUGUGACGGGCAAAAAAGGAAGCAACGUCACUCUGUCAUGUGAAUUUGAGGCCAGGGACAUUUUUCAUAUUGAUUUAAGCAGGCUGUCAAAACGCAUCCUUGUUUGUCAGAAUGAAGAAUGCAAGAGUGAAAAUGACAGAUUAUUUAAAAAAGGAUCAUGUGACAUCAUCAUCAAGGAUCUGAUCUUCAGUGAUGCUGGGAAAUACAUUCUGAGAGUCCAUUACACUAAUGAUCAUGGAGAAGAGAGGGAGUAUCAUCUUCAUAUUCAUGAUGAGAUUUCUGUGAAAACAGGAGAGCAGCUGAAGAUGGAUGUUCUGUUGAUCAAUGCUGAUAAAGUGGAGAAAAACUCCAGAGGAGCGUGGACAGAGGUGUGGACGAGAGGUCACGGGGUCAGCAGUGAUCGACUGACCGACAGUAAUGGAAAACUGACCAUUAAUGAGUUUACAUCCAUGGACACCGGAACAUACAGAGUUCUGGACUCUGAAGGACAAAUCUUGAUCACAGUCACAGUCACAGAUUCUAGUACAGGUACUGGCUCAAAGAGGAAAAAGGACAAACCUAUUGACACUGAACAACAUACUGCAGUGUUUUGGAUUUUAUCUGUUGGACUGCCUGUGUUUGGGGUUCUGCUGGCUCUGCCUCUGAUUACAUUGGCUGGCAUCAAGAUGUGUACGAACAAGUGACUGACACGGGUUACUUGUAAUCUGCCCUCAGAGCCGACAGAUCUGUCAACAUCUGUCUGCAAUAUGCAUUCCUACAUCAAGAUUCUGUUUGUAUUUGCAUGUAGUUAAAGAUAAAGAUAUGUUGCACUGGUACUGAAAGUUUACAUCAACUAGGAGUUAUUGUUUCAAUCGAGUAUUGUAGUAAAAAUAAUAAUAAUAAUAAUAAUAAUAAAGUAUUCAGUUUUAAGAGUGAGCAAGCAUAUCUGCUUUGAAAGAGUAUGCCUAUGUAUUGUGAAAAAGAAACAAAGCACUUUUGUAAGACACAUUUUUGUUGGUAUUGUUUAGUUGCUAUUUAUUUAUUUAUUAUCUUAUGAUGAAAUAUGAAGAGGAUGUUUUGAUGGUUUACAUUUGCUGCGUUUACUUACAAACUAAACAGCCUCUUUGUGAAGCUGAGAUUCAUGUUCAGAACACUGUGAAUGUGAAGUUUCUGAUAAUUAAAUGGGUCAUGUGUUCAUUUAACCUGGUUUGAGGUCAGUUCUGCAGUCAUGACGUCAAAUUCACCAGUGAUUACCUCCAGUAUUUAUUUACUGUUUUUUUACUAUUACUAUUAUUAUUAUUUUGUACUGAAUUGUUGUGUGAUUUGUCACUAAAUAAAGCAUG